AGGAGGAGAAGGCAGAGGAAGAGGCUUUCGAAGAUGAUCUCAUUGCUGACCGCCUAAAGGAGGACGUGCUUGAGCAGAAGGGCCGACUGCAGCGACUCGUCGCCAAGGAUGUGCAACCUCCCGAUCCAGCGAGCAUCCGAGUGUUGCGGGGGCACCAGCAACCCAUUACCUGCCUUGUUGUUUCUCCAGAUGACAAGUUCAUUUUUUCAGCUGCCAAGGAUUGCUCCAUCAUUAAAUGGGAGGUGGAGAGUGGGAAGAGGCUGUGUGUGGUGCCUCGAGGGAAGAAGGGCUCUGAAGAGCAGCAGGUGGGGCACAUGGCUCACAUCCUCUGCAUGGCCAUCUCGUCGGAUGGCAAGUACCUGGCAACUGGAGACAGGAACAAACUGAUAAUGAUCUGGGAGGCAACCACUUGCAAGCACCUGUACAAGUUCACUGGUCAUCGUGAUGCCGUGUCGGGCCUGUCCUUCCAGAAGGGUACGCACCAGCUCUACAGCGCUUCCCACGACCGCUCCGUCAAGGUCUGGAAUGUGGCGGAGAACGCAUACAUAGAAACCCUAUUUGGGCACCAGGACGUAAUCACAGGGCUGGACAGCCUGAGCCGGGAGUGCUGUGUGACAUCAGGGGGACGGGAUGGCACUGUGCGGAUCUGGAAGAUUCCUGAGGAGUCACAGCUUGUGUUUUAUGGGCACCAGGGCUCUAUUGACUGUAUUCAGCUCAUCAAUGAGGAGCACAUGGUGUCAGGGGCAGAUGAUGGGUCUGUCGCUCUGUGGGGGCUGACGAAGAAGAAGCCGCUCGCGGUAGUGAGGCAGGCUCACGGCACACAUGGCUCCCACGACCUGCAGCAGCCGUACUGGAUCUCAGUGGUGGCUGCCCUGCACAACAGUGACCUUGUCGCUACAGGCUCACACAGUGCCAAUGUGAAGCUGUGGAAAUCCGGCGAGGGAUUUCGGAAACUAGAGCCCCUAUUUGACAUCCCCCUGGUUGGCUUUGUUAACAGUCUAAAGUUCUCGGCAGCAGCUGACUUCCUUGUGGCUGGGCUGGGGCAGGAGCACCGGCUGGGCAGGUGGUGGAGAAUCAAGGAAGCCAAAAACAGCAUCUGCAUCAUUCCCCUGAAGAAAAAGGCAGGAAUGGCUGACAGCUCCUAA